ACUCAGAAUUGGCGCUUGGACUUUGACUGCUUUACAGCCUCGUAGUUUUGGAUUAUCGAGGAUCGUUUUCUUCCUUCUUUUUGCGACAAUAUCUCGGAUGAACUGAGAUACUGUAAUCCCCAGUUACUCGAAACUUCCUUUCCUAAAGAUAUUGGACGCUCUGGUGGACUAUUAGGUAUUUUGGGUCAUGGUCAUUUAUCGAUGACAAGAUUGGACAUUAUCAUGGACAAAUGGCAAAAAACGUUCCUGUGUUUGACAUUAUUGUCAUACCUACAUACUGCUUCAUCGCAAACACAUGAAGUGGUGUGUACCGGGACCCAGAACAGCCUGAGCUCCACCGGCUCUCAGGAGAAGCAGUACAACAUGUUCAAGGACCGAUAUGAGGGCUGCCGCAUCAUCAUGGGCAACCUGGAGAUCAUCCAGAUGGACACGAACCGCAACUUCUCAUUCCUGAAGACCAUCCGUGAGGUGACUGGCUACGUCCUCAUCGCCAUGAACCUGGUGGAUUACAUUCCCCUGGACCAGCUGCGGGUCAUCCGCGGGAACACACUGUACGACAAGCGCUUCGCCCUCUCCGUCUUCUUCAACUACCCCAAGGACGGCUCCACCGGGCUGACACACCUGGGGCUGACCCAGCUGACAGAGAUCCUUGCUGGAGGCGUGCAGAUCAUCAACAACAAGUACCUGCGCUAUGGGCCGGGGGUGUCCUGGCAGGACAUUGUGACGGACAGCAGCGCCACGAUCGUGGUCGACAUGAAUGGGGAGAGAGGGCCCUGUCACCCGUCCUGUGGGCCCUUCUGCUGGGGGCCCGGCAGCGACCAGUGCCAGAUCUUGACUAAGACGGUGUGCGCGCCGCAGUGCAACGGCCGCUGCUUCGGCCGCAGUCCGAGGGACUGCUGCCAUGAAGAGUGUGCGGUGGGAUGCACAGGGCCUAGCGAUGUCAACUGCUUAGCGUGCCGGCACUUCAAUGACUCAGGAGCCUGUGUGCCCCAGUGCCCCCUGGCUUUAAUCUACAACAAGAAGACCUUUCAAAUGGAGAACAACCGCAACACCAAAUACCAGUAUGGAUCCAUCUGCGUCUCACAGUGUCCCACUCACUUCGUGGUGGACGACAGUUCAUGUGUGAGCGGCUGCCCCCCGGACAAGACAGAGGUUGAGCGGGAGGGCCAUAGACAGUGUGAGGCCUGCAGCGGGCUGUGUCCAAAAGCCUGUGAAGGCACCGGCGCUGAGCACCGCCAGACGGUGGACUCCAGCAACAUCGACAGCUUCAUCAACUGCACCAAGAUCCAAGGCAGCCUCCACUUCCUGAUCACAGGGUUCCUUGGAGACGACUAUAAAAAUAUUCCACCCUUGGAUGCAAAGAAGCUGGAGGUGUUCCGCACUGUGAGAGAGAUAACAGAUGUCCUCAACAUCCAGUACUGGCCCAAAGAGCUGAACGAUCUUUCAGUUUUCUCCAGUCUGACCACCAUUCAGGGCAGGUCACUCCACAAGAGUUUCUCCCUGGGGGUGAUGCAUAUCCCAACCCUCACCUCUCUGGGGCUGCGAUCGCUACGUGAGAUCAACGACGGCAGCGUGUUCAUCAGUCAGAACGCCAACCUCUGCUACCACCACACCGUCAACUGGACCCACCUGCUGCACGGACGCAACAACCGUCCCAACGAAAUCAAGCUCAACAAACCUCUGGAGCAGUGUGUGGCCGAGGGCCGGGUGUGUGACCCCCUGUGUUCGGAGGCCGGCUGCUGGGGCCCGGGGCCCGACCAGUGUGUCUCCUGUAGGAACUACAGCCGCGGUGGCGUCUGUGUUGCCAGCUGCCAUUUCUACACCGGAGAAGUGAGGGAGAUCGCGGGGUCCAACGGCGAGUGCGUCGCGUGUCACCCAGAGUGCCAGCUGCAGGAGGGACGGUUCAGCUGUACUGGGCCGGGACCAGAUAAGUGUGUGACAUGUGCCAGACUGAGGGACGGCCCCUACUGCGUGCCCUCGUGUCCAAGUGGAUUGACAGACGGACAGAAGGGGGUCAUCUUCAAGUACCCCAACAAGGAGGGUGCUUGUGAGCCCUGCCACCUCAACUGUACCCAAGGAUGCAUUGGCCCUGGGCUGGAUGACUGUUCGGAGACUGCACUCCUAGCCAGUAAAAAUAGACAGACCACAGGCAUCGCAUUGGGGGUCCCGGCCGGCCUGAUAGUGUGCUUGGCGCUGUUCCUGCUGGGGUUGCUGUACCACAGAGGACUUGCCAUCCGUAGCAAGAGAGCCAUGAGGAGGUACCUAGAGAGUGGCGAGAGUUUUGAGCCGCUGGGUCCUGGAGAGAAGGGGACUAAAGUCUACGCACGGAUCCUCAGAGCUUCUGAGCUGAAGAAGAUCAAGGGCCUUGGAACUGGAGUUUUUGGUAAAAUGCACAAGGGAUGUUGGACUCCUGAGGGAGAAACGGUAAAGAUUCCUGUCGCCAUCAAGACCAUUGAGGACAGCUCUGGGCGACAGACCUUCAAUGACAUCACUGAUCACAUGCUGUCUAUGGGCAGCCUGGACCACCCAUAUAUAGUCAGGCUGUUAGGUGUUUGUCCAGGUUCCAGUCUUCAACUGGUCACCCAGUUCAGCUCCCAGGGGUCUUUGCUGGAGCACAUCAGGCACCACAGAGACAGCCUUGAUCCCCAGAGACUGCUCAACUGGUGUGUGCAGAUUGCAAAAGGUAUGUUCUACCUGGAGGAACACGGCAUGGUCCACAGAAACCUAGCCGCACGCAACGUUCUGCUGAAGAACGAUUACCAGGUCCAGAUCUCAGACUACGGUGUGGCAGACCUUCUCCAUCCCGACGAGAAAAAAUAUGUAUACAGUGAAACAAAGACACCCAUAAAAUGGAUGGCGCUGGAAAGUAUUUUAUUUCGACGAUACACCCAUCAGAGUGAUGUGUGGAGUUAUGGGGUGACGGUGUGGGAGAUGAUGUCCUUCGGAGCUGAGCCCUACGCCUCGACCCCGCCCCACGACCUGCUCAGUCUGUUGGAGAAGGGCGAGCGCCUGUCCCAGCCACAGAUCUGCACCAUAGAUGUGUACAUGUUCAUGGUCAAGUGCUGGAUGAUCGAUGAAAACAUACGGCCGACUUUCAAAGAGCUGGCCAGUGACUUCACACGUAUGGCAAGAGAUCCGCGUAGAUUCCUCGUCAUGAAGUCAGAGGGAGAGGACGGAGGGGUGGUGGAGCUGCACCACCGGGAGUCGGAGAGGGGUCUGGUGGAGGCCGAGCUGGAGGAGCAGGAGCUGCAGGACAUGGAGGACAUGGAGGACGGCAUGGCCACGCCUCCACUCAGCUUCUCUCCACCACGCAGUCUGUCCCGUCCCAGGAUAAACUCUCACAGGAGCUGCUCAUCUCAAGGUGGACCAGUGGGGUAUCUGCCUAUGGCCCCCAGAACAGGAGAAAAGCGUCGACCCCAAAGGUCCCGUCUGACCUCGGCGUGCACCAUAUCUGAGGGUCUGGGGGGCCGGAGGAGAGACCCAGAGGAGGGGGAGCUCCAGGAGGGCAUCCCACUGACGGGCAGCCUUCACAGGCCCAGACGGGUUAUGAGUGCACGGGCCGGUUCACACACGUCCAUGGGUCUGGUACCCAGGAAGCUCUCCACCGCCUCGGAGCCGUCUGCCCAUAGAGCACCGACCGAGGACGAGGAGGACGAAGAGGAGGUCGACCACUACGGCUACGUCCUACCGGGUUCGCCCUGUAGCGGUUCGGGAAGAGUAACAAGACUCAGUCACACUGGUGGCAGAAACUCAAACUCGACCAGGGGUCAACUGUCUCCGUUGGCGAACCCUCCAGAUUCUCCCCAAGACUAUGAGGUGAUGAACCAACAGCUUAACUCCCCUGGAGAACCUUCUUUGCAAACCCCGGCCUCCACACCUUUACCCAUAGCGGGGGGCGAGGGUCACAGGACCACUACAACACCUCAAGGCUCUGUGGUGGAGGAACCCCGGCCAGUGGAGGUCUGCGUGGUAGCUGUGGCCGAUCAAAGGAACUCACUGGAGAACCAUGUUCCGUCCGGUGAACAUCCAGAGAGUAGGACACCACGUGAGGCAGAGGAGCCAGGAGAGGCACAUCGAGAAGCUGGAGAAUAUGAAGACAUGGACGUUUUAUCAGGCUCUCAUGCCCAAGGCCAAGACACUGUUGUGACUGAUAGACAUAGCAGUCAGACACGUUGUGCGACUCAAGCAGCAAUGGAGACUGGGGAGACGGUGGAGAAGGAGGCGACGCCGAAAGAGCUGCUAUCAUUGAAGAUACUGAGAAAACCAAGACAGGAGGAAGUGUGUGAUGUGGAGUCCCUCUCUGCAAACCAGCAAGCAAGACUAGUGGAGAAGCUCAACGGCAUGACGGGAACUGGUACACUGUCAGCGAGGGUAGCUAGAACAGCCCAGGAGUAUGAGGAGAUGGACGGGUUUCCCGAGAGGUCGCAUGGGUGUGAGCAGCCAGAGUACCAGAACCUCCCGGCGAAGGGGCUGGAUGUGACUCAGGAGAUGGGCAGCAGCAUGUGUGCAUCGUUUGACAACCCAGACUAUUGGCACAGCAGACUGUUUCUAAAGCCAGAUGCUAUACGUACCUAAUAAUGUAGAGUGACGCACAAGAUUUGGAAAAGAUUAGAUCUGUUGUAAAUAAAUACAUCACAGUUGCAUUAACUCUAAAACCUGAAAAAAAGGUAUGUCUGAUUAUAGUGCUUGGUAUAGUGCUGUUGCAAUGUAUAAUUGUUCAUGAAGCAUAAAUUUGGCUGAGCCAAUGUGGAAUUCACAUUGGCUUAGGCCAAUGUGAAUUAAGAUGAAUCAUUGAUUUUUUAUUAACUUGAAUUCCAACUAUGAACAGUUAUAGUAUUGUGUAAUAAUUACCAACAAAUAUGGCCCUCAAUGUUAUUUGCAUUGACCUGAAGUAUUCCAAUGUUGCUGUGUUGAUCAAAUAUAUAUAUAUAUUUUGUAUACGUUAUAUGUACUAUAAUAAAUCUUGUGCAACAACAAAGAUGUUCUCA